AUGGCUACUACCAGGAGUGCCAGAAGACAGCUAAUAAGUGACAUGAAGGAGGAGGGACAGCUAAUCGGGCUGACCGAUGACAGCUUGGCGGAGUGGGUAAAGGAAGAGUUGAGGAGGGUGGAAGAUGCGAAGGUCGAGGUUGUAGCAAAGGUAUGUAACCCUGUACCCCGCUUGAGGGACGUGGCGGCGAUGACGGUGGACGAAGACCUGGGUGCGUAUGUGAGGCAUUUUGAGAGUCAAGCAAAGAGACAAGGCAUUGACCCCAAGGACUGGUCGCUCCUUCUGACGGACAAGAUGAGUGGACAACUGAAGACUUUCCUCGUUGAGACGGGAUUGAACUUGCAUCAUGACUUCGAGUCAGUAAAGGUAAAGUUAUUCACGCACGCAGGUUUCAACGAGGAAAAGUAUAGGGUCAGAUUCCACCAGCUGGUACCAACACACGACGAUAUGAGAAGCUUCGCAGUCAACACAGAAGCCGCGUUGAGAGCGUGGGUCCGGCAGUCGGAGACAAAGGAAACGUUUGAGGACUUGGUGAACCUCCUGAUUGUUGAUCGCAUAAAAUCAGUCGUCACACGUGACCUGUUGGGGAGGCUGAAUGACGCCGCCAAGGUAAGUGUGGAAGAUAAUCUUAAAGUUAUUGACAACUAUAAGAACACCCAGAAUGUUAGAGUGACGAGGCCAGCGACCCAUACCACCCCAUACGUCGCUGCAAGUUCGACAGCAGAGAAGGUACUCCGGCAAAAUACGGCACCCCGAUCACCUGGGCGCCAUUCUAGACCACACGGCAUGAGGGAGAUCACGUGCUACACGUGCGGAGGAACUGGAAACAUCGCGAGGGUCUGUCCCACCCCUAAGCCAGACAUAUGGGCUAGCUUAGUCGAGAAGACAAGACAGUUGCCAGACUGCAUAACACUGAGGCUAAUAGACGGUCAAACGCGCCAAUACCCUACGGCCUUCGUAGAUGUAGAAACAAGCUACCUUAGAGGCACAUUUGUUGCGGCACUAUUUGACAACCCAGUUGCAGACUUGAUUGUAGGUAAUGUGGGCAGCACGGGAUCAUUUGAAGCCAAUGCGGUGACCAGAUCCAUGGCUCAUAAGGGGAGUGUAGAACCCGUUAUACAGGUUAACACGAUUGUCGGCACAGGGCUCCAACAUGUAGACUCUGACACGUUCAGAAGGGAUCAAGAGAAGGACGAAACGCUGAAGACAUUUUGGAACAAAGCUAAUACGAAAGAGGUGUCAUUGACAAAAGGUGGAUGCAUCUCAUUCACAGUGAAAAGGGGAUUGCUAUUCAAGUCAUACGAGAAUAAGCGAGCCGGACUUGUCAAGGAACAGUUAAUUGUCCCAGAAAACAUGAGGUUAUUAGUUAUGUCAAAUGCACAUUCUGGACCCUUGGCAGGCCACAUGUCCAUCAGAAGAACGAGGGCGCGGGUGUAUUCUCAGUAUUCCUGGCCCGGAGCAGACAAAGCUAUUAAAAUGCAUUGUAAAACUUGUGAUGUCUGCCAGAGAGCUAGAUACCCGGGUCGAGCAGGUAAGGCUGAAUUAGGUAGAAUGGAUAUCAUCACAACACCAUUUACUAAAGUCGCAGUAGACAUUGUGGGCCCCAUGCAAAUUAUAAUAGAUUGA